AUGUGGUUUGGGAGUUCGCUCCUAUUACUGGGUUGCUUAACCCAUAAUGUUAAUGGCUACAAGUACGACCCGGACUAUGUCGACUUCAACCUCAACACAAAUAAGGAUGCGCAAGAUCCUAUACAAUAUGACGGAAAAUGGGAGAACCACGACUUCCACCCGUCACCAGACAACUGGCGGUUUCCCUUUUACACUAUCAUGCUCGACCGCUUCGUAAAUGGCGACCCAGCAAACGAUAACGCAAACGGAACCGUCCUCGAGCAGGAUAUCACGGGCACGCAGCUGCGAUUUGGUGGUGACAUCGCCGGUUUGGUGGACACGCUGGAUUACCUCCAGGGAAUGGGCAUCGAGGGAUUGUAUUUCGGAGGAUCUAUGCUCAUCAACGCGCCCUGGAACUACGAUAACUACUCUCCUUUGGACCACACCCUUCUGGAUUUCCACUUUGGCAACAUCACGAUAUGGAGAACCGCGAUCGAGGAAAUCCACAAGCGUGGAAUGUACAUCGUCUUCGACAACACGGUCGCGACACUGGGUGACUUGAUCGGUUAUAAGGAAUACCUCAACUCCACGGCGCCGUUCGAGCCCCACGAGAUGGAGGCCAUCUACAAGACCGACCGACACUACUUGGACUGGACUUUCCCGACCGGAUACAACAAGACUUGCGAAAACUUCCCGAGACUGUACUAUGAGUCCGGUUACGAGGUCGGCGAGGAGGUUUACGGCAUGUUCGAGGGCUGCUACGAUGGUGACUUCGACCAGUUCGGUGACACAGAGGCUUUCGGCGUUUACCCGGAUUACCGUCGUCAGUUGACCAAAUUCGCUUCCGUCCAGGACAGAUUGAGAGAAUGGGUCCCCGCCGUCAACCAGAAGCUCGGUCACUUCUCCUGCAUGCUGAUCAAGAUGUUGGACAUUGAUGGCUUCAGAUACGACAAGGCGCUGCAAGUUACGGUCGAUGCCCAGGGUGAAUUCUCCAAGAUGAUGCGUGACUGCGCCAGCGACCUUGGCAAGAAGAACUUCUUCCUUCCUGGUGAGAUUACAGGUGGUAACACCAUGGGUUCCAUCUACAUCGGUCGCGGACGCCACCCGGAGCAGUGGUUCAAGGACAUCAACACCGCCUACAGCACGAACGAAACCGUCGCAGAGGACCAGGACAUCUUCAUCCGCGACAAGGGCCACCAGGCCUUGGAUUCGGCCGCCUUCCACUACUCCUUCUACCGUUUCCUGGUCAUCUUCAUGGGUAUGGACGGUACUGGUGUCGCCGGAUACGAUGUGCCCAGUAACUUCGUCGAGGCCUGGAACGAGGUCCUCCGAGCCAACGAUCUGAUCAACGCCAACACUGGCGAAGUCGACCCCCGUCACAUGUACGGCGCCAUGAACCAGGAUACCUUCCGCUGGCCCGCCAUCGAACUCGGCCACGAGCGCAGUCUGAUGGGUCUUUUCGUCACGACGCUUCACCUGCCCGGAAUUCCCAUGCUCACCUGGGGCGAGGAACAGGGCUACUACGUGCUCGACAACACCGCGCAGAACUACAUGUUCGGUCGUCAACCUCUGUCUUCCGCCCCCGCCUGGCAGCAGCACGGAUGCUACUCCAUGCCUGCUACCCUCUACUUCCAGAUGCCUCUUUCGAACGCGCGCGAGGGCUGCCGCGAUGACACCGUUUCUUGGGAUCACCGCGAUCCCGCUCACCCCAUGAGACUCGUCCUCAAGCACAUGUACACCAUGAGAAAGGAGUACCCUGUUCUUCAGGACGGCAUGUGGCUGGUUCAGCUGUCAAACCACACCGAGGAGCUCUUCUACCCCGGUAACUCCGGAAUGGCCACUGUGACCGGUCUUUUCAGCGUCAUGCGCUACCAGCUCGGUGUCCAAGACAUGGGUGAAGACCUCGUCCCCGUCUGGUUCCUGUACAACAACUGGAACGUCACCAAGUCGUGGACCUUCGACUGCACCAACGAGGAUGAGGCUCUGAUCUCUCCCUUCGAGGAUGGAACCACCGUCAAGAACCUGUUCUUCCCCCACGACGAGAUCAAGCUCGAGGCCUCCCCCAAGAAGCUCGGCUACGCCGGCAACACGGGCUUCAACGGCUGCACCAAGAACAUCACCAUGGCUCCCUUCGAGUUCCGCGCCUACGUCCCGAAGGCCGACUUCAAGAACCCCCCCGUCAUGCUCACCAAGUUCAGCCCCGGCCACGACUACCGCAUCCUGGCCAACGACACCAGCAGCACCGUUCCCAUCGAGUUCCAGUCCAACGCCGAGCUGGACUGCGAGAAGUUCAAGGGCUUUGUCACCUUCAGGGCCCACACCGACGACAACAGCGUUCCCUCUAUUGACGAGAGCUCCAUCAAGUGCUCCAACAUUUCCGAGCGCCCGCAAGAGUGGACCGGUGUUUUGCCCUCUGUUUGGUCGUGGAAGGCCAACCUCAUCAACGUCAAGCACGGUGUCCACGAGGUGACUGUCUCCAAUGCCACCACCGCUACUGGAAACUCGACCACCGGCGCAACUGAUCACUUCUUCUUCCGCAUCGGCGCGGCCGAGAACCCGAUCGUGUUCCCCGCGACCGCCAACUACUCCACUACGCUGCUCUCCCAGGACGACGACGGCACCCUCAGAAUCAAGCACAGCGCCGCCGGUGCCUCCAAGUUCCGCUACUCGACCAACUUCGAGUCCUCCUGGAGCGACUGGGUCAACUACGAGACCGAGACAAAGGUUGUGAAGCAGGAGUGGAACGGAACCAAGGAGCAAGAGUGGGACGGAGAGCACAUCAUCGUCCAGUACUGGUCCCAGAUCCUCGGAACUAGCGCCUACAAGGUCCAUGCUGAUCUCGACUACGACAUCCCCCGCCGCAUCCCGCACAUGUUCGCCGUCGGCAAGUUCAACCAGUUCGGUUACGACAGCGGUCUGACCAAGUCCCUGUCGCACAAGGCGGAGUCGCUUUGGCAGUGGCACUACAUGGACGAGUGGCCCAACUACUUCAAGUUCAGCAUCUGGGGCAUGAACCCUGACAAGAUGCCCGAUCAGUCGUUCGUCUACGGUGACGUCGACGGCGACAGCGUCGUUGAGCGCCUGCCUCCCUCCUCGCUGUUCGAGAACGCCGUCAACAUCACUUCCGCGCCGCCUAAGCCGUACCUCGCGUACAAGGUCAUCCUCAACGACGCCACGCUGCAGUACCAGCUCAUCCCUGUUGGCAGCAUGUGGGUGCAGUUCUUCCUGUGGCUGUUCCUCUUCAUCCUCCCCAUCGUCGGUGGUCUCGCCGCCGUCCAGGCCUUCAAGCGUUCUUUCUACCAGGUCAAGUUCAACGAGACCGGUGUUGGUGCCCAGUCAAAGUUUGGCCAGAUUGUCGAGAAGACCCGCAACGUUUUCAUCGGCGCCGCUGGUGCCAUCCCUCUCAAGAUGAACAGCUCGACCGACCUCGUUUCUGCCGCUGCGGCUGCCACCACUGCCAACAAGCGCCGCAGGGUGCUGAUUGCCACCAUGGAGUACAACAUCGAUGACUGGAACAUCAAGAUCAAAAUUGGUGGUCUGGGUGUCAUGGCCCAGUUGAUGGGUAAGGCGCUCAAGCACCAGGACCUCGUUUGGGUCGUUCCCUGCGUCGGUGAUGUCGAGUAUCCCGAGGACCAGCCCGCUCCCAGCAUGUUCGUCAAGAUUAUGGACCAGAUGUACGAGAUCAAGGUUCAGUACCACAUUGUCGAUAACAUCACCUAUGUUCUGCUGGACGCUCCUGUUUUCCGCAAGCAGACCAAGUCUGAGCCCUACCCCCCUCGCAUGGACGAUUUGGAGUCUGCCAUCUACUACUCUGCAUGGAACCAAUGUAUUGCCGAGGCAACCAACCGUUUCCCCAUCGAUCUUUACCACAUUAACGAUUACCACGGAACCAUCGCACCGCUCUACCUGCUCCCCAAGACUAUCCCCGUUGCUGUGUCCCUCCACAAUGCCGAGUUCCAGGGUCUCUGGCCCAUGCGCACACCCGAGGAGAGCAAGGAGGUUUCUAAGGCGUACAACUUGGAUCUUGAGAUCAUCAAGAAGUACGUCCAGUACGGUUCAGUUUUCAACCUUCUCCACGCUUCCGCCAGUUACCUCCGCAUCCACCAGAACGGCUUCGGCGCUGUCGGUGUCUCCAAGAAGUACGGUGACCGUUCGUUCGCCCGUUACCCUAUCUUCUGGGGUCUCUCCAAGAUCGGCCAGCUGCCCAACCCCGACCCUACGGAUACCGCCGACUGGGACAAGGAGGAUUUCAUGAAGCAGAAGAAGCCCGAGGUCGACCCCGCGUGGGAAGCCAGCCGUGGUGACCUCCGUAGACAGGCUCAGGAAUGGGCCGGUCUGAAGGUCGACCCUGAAGCCGAGCUUUUCGUUUUCGUCGGUCGUUGGUCUCUGCAAAAGGGCGUUGAUCUUAUUGCUGACGUGUUCCCCUCUGUCCUCGAAACCAACCCCAAGGUUCAACUGAUUACUAUCGGUCCCGUUAUUGAUCUCUACGGCAAGUUCGCCGCCUUGAAGUUGAGCAAGCUCAUGGAACUUUACCCCGGACGUGUCUUCUCCAAGCCUGAGUUUACUGCUCUCCCGCCCUACAUCUUCAGUGGUGCCGAGUUCGCCUUGAUCCCCUCUAGAGAUGAGCCUUUCGGUUUGGUCGCUGUUGAAUUCGGAAGAAAGGGAGCCCUGGGUGUCGGUGCCCGUGUCGGUGGUCUCGGUCAAAUGCCCGGAUGGUGGUUCACGGUCGAAUCGACCAAGGCUGCCCAUCUUACCAAGCAGUUCAGACACGCCAUCCAGUCUGCUCUCAAGGCCGAUACCAAAACUCGUGCCGAGAUGCGUGCCUACUCCGCAAAGCAACGUUUCCCUGUCGCCGAGUGGCUCGAGAAGCUCGAAAAGCUCCAGGCUGGCUGCAUCAAGUCUCACGCCAAGUACGGUAAGAAGGGUCUCGGCAAGGGUAACGUCCUCGUCAAGCGCAGCCGCGCCAGCUCCAACGUCGGCCUCCGCGAGGAGGUCGAGCUCGUCGACCGCUCCCCCGCCUGGAUGAGACAAGUCUCCGACUACGACGAUGAUGCCACCACUCUCAACACCGGACGCAACACCCCCGCUGGCAUGCAGACUCCUCACGGUUACUACUCUAGCACCCCCGGAUCGCCCAUCAUCUCGCCUUCUCCCGCAUAUGUCGACUCUCCCGGUGGCUCUCGCGCUGCUUCACCUGGCCCUCACAGCCGCAACAUCUCUGGCAACGAGCUUACUCACUCUCGCAACUACUCUGGUUUCUCCACUCACGAUGUCAACAACCACAGCCGCAACGUCUCCGGUUUCUCCAUGGCUGACACGCUUCCUCUGCCUCCCCCAGGCGGUGCUCUGGGUAUCCACGACAACUCUUCCCGUGCUUCCAUGCUUAGUGUUGAGGACGUCGUCGGUGACCGCCAUGACUACAAGCUCCAACAGGUCGACCCCUUCUUCACCGACCAAAAGGGCGAGUUCUACCAGGAAUUCGAGGAGAGACUCAAGAACCUCAACGCGCAAAACUCCAUUUCUGAUCUCUGUAUCGAGGACUACCUGAUGAAGAGUGAAAAGGAGUGGUUCGACAUGUACCUCGACGCCAGGCUGGGUCGUCCUUCGCGCCCCUCGUCUCCCUCCGGCUCCGGACGACGAUCCAUGUCUAGAACCCGCUCCCCGUCCAGAUCCCCUCUCGGCAUGCUCAAGAACCUGUCCAGCUCCAAGCUUAGCUUGCCCAUGGAGCGCGGCCGCGCUGCCAGACGUUCCAACCUGAUGAACAGCACCAACGCAGAUGGCUACGGUGACCAGACUCCUCCCGAUUCCCCCGGCUAUGACCGCGCCCAGUUCGCCCUUCCCGACGACUACGUUCCCCCUACUGGUGUCAAGAAGUACCUCCAGUACAAGGUCGGCGAUUGGCCCGUCUACGCGAUGCUUCUGGCCCUCAACCAGGUCAUCGCCACCAACUCCUACCAGGUCACCCUUCUCACUGGCGAGGUCGGCCAGACGGCUUCCAAGCUCUACGUCAUCGCCUCCAUCUACCUUUUUGGCUCUCUCGUUUGGUACACGCUUUCCCGCACUGUUCCUCUUCUGUACCCGCUCUCGGUGCCUUAUAUCGUCUACGGUAUCGCCUUCCUGAUCCUCGGCUGCUCCCCCUUCGCCGCGGACAACAACACACAGGUCUGGCUCCAGAACGCCGCCACCGGCAUCUACGCCUUUGCCUCCGCCUCCGGAUCUCUCGCGUUCGCCUUCAACUUCGGUACCGACGGUGGCUCUACCGUCCCCAAGUGGAUCCAGCGUCUUGCCAUCAUCCAGGGCUUGACCCAGCUGUACACUCUCGGUCUCUGGGCAUGGGGUUCUCUCGUCUCCGACGCCGAGGCCAACUCUCAGCCCAAGCCCACUCUCGCCGGCUCUCCCGCCCUCCUCGGCAUCUGUCUCCCCGUGUGCCUGCUCCUGUGGGCCAUCGGCGUGCUCCUCUACCUCGGUCUACCCGAUUUCUACCGCGAGUCCCCGGGUCCCGUGCCCAAGUUGUGGGCGUCCCUCGUCAGGCGUAAGACCAUCGCCUGGUACCUCCUCGCCGUCGCCAUCCAGAACUACUUCCUUUCCCCGCUCUUCGGCCGCAACUGGUUCUUCCUCUUCUCGUCCCAGCACGUGCCCGUCUGGAGCAUGGUCAUCCUCGCCCUCUUCUUCUUCAUCUUCGUCUGGGCCUUCGUCCUCUGGGGCCUGGCCAAGGCCAGUGCCAGCCAUCCCUGGCUGUUCCCCAUGUUCGCCGUCGGUCUCGGUGCUCCCCGCUGGGCCCAGAUCUGGUGGGGUACCUCCCGCAUCGGCGUCUGGAUGCCUUGGGCCGGCGGCGCCGUCGCAGGUGCCGUCCUCAGCCGUAUCCUCUGGCUCUGGCUCGGUGUCCUCGACGGUCUCCAGGGCGCGGGUAUCGGUAUGAUUCUCAUGCUGACGCUCACCCGUGUCCACGUCGCGGCCGCCUGUGCCGCGGCGCAGGUCGUCGGAUCAAUCUUCACCAUGCUCGCGCGUGCGACGGCGCCCAACAACGUCGGUCCCGGGCCCGUAUUCCCCGACGUCAGCGAGGGUGUCGGCGUGGCGCUUGCGAGCGCGUGGUUCUGGGUGGUUCUGUUGUUGAACCUGUUUAUCUGCAUUGGUUACUUCAAGUUCUUUAGAAAGGAACAGGUUAGCAAGCCUUAA